UAAGAGAGACGAUAUCUGGAAAAUGCAAUUUUAAGACUGUACAGAUCUUGUUGUCUUCAAAGUUUUUAGAUUCUUCUCCUCAGGUACAUUAGAAAAGAAAAAAAGUAUUGCCUCUGAAGCUUGUGAAAAGGGACGAUUACAGACCUUCAACUACUAUCCUUUCGAAAUUAUCUGCUGAUCUCUGCAACACCCAACUUAAUCCAAGAAUAGAGGCAUUUAAUACAAGAGGAGUCACCAAACAGCUAAUGAGAUAUUGUACAUGCAACGUGUCUAUAAUUAUCUAUGUACUAGUAAUCGAUGGAUGGCCACUGGCAAGCAAAUCCACUCGGAGGUGUCAGAAUGCUCAUUAUCCUCGAUUUGAAAUAUGUUUGGCAGUUACUGAAUUUAGUACAAUAUUUGACCCAACAAUAUUUGACCCAACUAUAGGGUAUAUAAGAGACUUGCUGUUGUGCCAAUCUAGGAUAGCAAUCGUAGACAAAUUUCGGGGAUGCUGACUGCUUCUGAUUUCAUUUUGAUAUUGAUGGAGCUUCAUAGAAAUCGUGCAACACUGACUGAUGAACAGCUGGAAGUGCAUACAAUAUCUGCCUGGAAAGAAGGGAAAUCCCAACAAUAUGGAGAAGCGUUUAGGCCUGCACAGCUGAUGUUUGGUAGGCCUUUAAUAUGGGCUGGUCCCGAUGAGUCUCUAAAAGAUGUGGCUCUGAUGAUUUUGCAAAAUAAGAUAUCAACUGUUCCCAUUAUAUACUCAACAAUAGAGGAAUCUUGCCCACUGUUGUUACACAUAGCAUGCCUCGGUGGAAUACUAAAAUAUAUAUGCAGGCACUUUAAAAACCAUCUUGAUUGUCUACCUAUUCUACGACAACCGGUCGGUAGCCUCCCUUUAGGUAAAUGGAAAAGUGAAGUUGGAGAAGCACAUGGUCAUUUGUUAGCAUUACGUCCCAAUGAAACUCUUAGUUAUGCUCUUAAUAUAUUGAUAGAAGGUGCGCAUCAACUUUUCUAAUAUUUUAGCCUAAAGUUUUACUUUUAUGUAUACCUGACUUGCACCCCACACACGAACAAUUUCUAUAAUAAAAAAUGUGCCUACAUGCUCUCUCUCUCUCUUAGUGUGACAUUGCAGUAU